AUGCUUCGUCCUAGGACUCUCGUCUUCGGAACCCUGGUUUUCGCGACCCUGGUAGUUUUCUGGACUGCACUACAUCUCAACUCCCUCGACACCAUACGGCAAGCCGCGAUACAGGAUCCACUCACCGCGAAUAUCCAAGAAUCGCGUCUUCACCUGCUCAUUGUAGCUACGAGUAGUGGCCUCGAUUUGUGCCGCCUUCUUCUCUCCGCGUCGGUGCUCUUGUACCCACCUCCAGUUCUUAUCGACUGGGCAGGAGCGGGCGCCUUCAACGCUGCAGAAACCCACCUUGCAAAAAUCGCGGGUCCUCUUCGCUACCUCGAGAGUCUGUCCCCCACACACGAAACAGACAUAGUCCUACUGGUGGAUGGCUUCGAUGUUACGUUUCAGCUCGGUCCGGAUGUCUUGCUAAAGCGUUACUUCGAAGAAACGGCUGCCGCCAAUGAUCGGCUGGUCACCAGGUACGGCAAAAGCCAUGUGCGGAAACACAACAUGUACAACAGCAUCCUUUUCGGCCCUGACAAAGUAUGCUGGCCAGAAGAUGUUAUUCGCUUAGCGUGCUGGGUCGUUCCUGACUCACCUCUUCACCCCGACGCUUUUGGCCCUUACACCGACGGAUGGGGUGAUAUGAAUCACGCAAGACCGCGCUGGCUGAACUCAGGCACCAUCAUCGGGCCCGCUGGUGAAAUGCGCGAGAUGUUUCGUGCAACUCAAGAAAAGAUCAAGCAGACGUACAAUCCCGAAGAUGUACUGCGCAAUUCCGAUCAGAAGUACUUGGCAGACGUAUGGGGCGACCAAGAGUAUGCGCGCAUACUAUCGCAUGGAGAUAAGCCAUACGGGAUGCCCGAAGGGGUACAGGAAAUCGACCUACCAACGCUCAAGGAAGGCGAAGUGACUGAAUAUCAUAUCGGGCUGGACUAUCGAUCGAGCCUAUUCCAAACAGCUGCGGGGUAUAGGAACUACAUUGCUUGGAUGACGACGAACCGAUCCUCGCUUCCUUCAUCAUCGAAAUCCGUCGAGCCGUACCGGAUUGAUCUACAGGAGGACGUGCUGCACUCAAGGAAGCCAUUUGCUGCUAUCUCAGAUGAUACGGCCCUGAAGGAGACUUCAUGGCGAGAUGUGUCUCUGGGUUUCAAUACGGUUACUGGUCAGCCUUUCCCAGUGCUCCACUUCACAGGCGACAAGUCAUUCCGAGACACUUGGUGGCCCCGCAUGUGGUACUCUGGAGAGGCCGAGCGCCUUCAACGUGCAGCAUCUCAAAUACAAGACAGGAAGAUUGGGUCAGGCCCUAUCAAUGGAGUUCGGUGGACCAAGAACAUGCCAUACGAUAGUAAAGUAGGCGAGCCAGAGGAGAAGUCAGGGGGUUGGAGUGACCAGGGGGAGUCGCUCUCGUGGAAGUCUCUUUGCAAGUCGCAUGAGCCUGCGCUGUACAGUGUAGAGGCAGAGGAAGUCUCGUUUUGGGACACUAUAUACCAUUGA